AUGAUCGUACGGAAGCUUUGCAUGCGGCAGAGUAAGUGUGAUCCAAAGACCAAAUCAAUCUCCCACAAUCAACCUAAUAGCGCAUCUCACAGGCCGCCAGCUCCUGGCCUUGAGCCGCCGAGCCCCGAUCUCAACUCGUUUCCAAUCAACACUGCCAGAAACACCAGUCGACGCAGUGCAAUUUCCCCCAGAGAGUCCAUUGGACCUGAAAAUCCUCUCCUCGAGAUGGUGCAAGCCCAAUCCGAUGCCAAACUGACCCAUGACACCUCAUCAAGAUCCAAUUUCAAAAAACUCGGCACAACCGUCAAACAAACCUACAACCCCAACGAUGUUAUUCGCAAUCCCCCCAAGCCCUCCCAGAUCACUCUCGAAAUGCUCCUCGCAGCAGGAACCCACCUAGGCCACUCGACCUCCCGCUGGAACCCGCAGAACUCGCGAUACAUCUUCGGUAUCCGCGAAGGCGUGCACAUUAUCUCGCUAGACGUGACAGCUGCGCACCUCCGUCGUGCCGCCAAAGUUGUCGAGGAAGUCGCCGCCCGCGGUGGCCUGAUCCUCUUCGCGGGCACACGCUCCGGCCAGAAGCAGGCUGUGGUUCGGGCCGCCGAGCUGGCCAAGGGCUACCACAUUUUCGAGCGGUGGAUUCCCGGCGCGCUGACGAACGGCGAGAUGAUCCUCGGCCACUGCGCGACGAAGGUCGUCAACGCUUUCGAUGAGGAGUUGCCCAAGUUCAAGGUCGAUCUGCAAGAUCGGCCUACGCUGAAGCCUGAUCUAGUCGUCUGUCUUAAUCCGUUGGAGAAUGUUGUCUUGUUGCAUGAGUGUGGUCUGAACAAUGUUCCUACUAUCGGUGUUAUUGAUACUGAUGCGGACCCUACGCGUGUUACAUACCCGAUUCCCUCGAACGAUGAUAGUUUGCGGGCUACUUCAUUGAUUGCGGGGGUUUUGGGACGCGCGGGUGAGGCGGGCCAGGUUCGCCGUAUGAAGAUGGCGCAGGAGGGCCAGACACCUUAUAAGCCUAUUACGGCUGCUGAGCUGCGUCUGGAUCCUUUCACUGGGACGACCCCUGUUGAGCAGAAGAAGUAG